UUAAAAGAGGUACGGCCAGUUGCAAAAACCAGUCGGAGUUGCGAAGGUAAACUAUCAACCUUUCUUCAUAAAACGAAGGUAAGUGAGUGCUUCAUCGUUGUCACAAUGCUAGUUAUGUCAAGCAAUGUUCUUCAAGGAUUUUUUUUAACAAGCUAAGGAAAAGCGAUCUCAAAUAUCCUUUUGCGUGGCUGCCAAAUUUUCCUUUUUUUUUCAGCAGCCAUAAUUCGCAAGAGAAUAUCAACUGUCGCUGAUCUCGAUAAAAAGAUCGAACAGGUGUGUUUUCGCAGUUCAGAUGAGUGUUGAGAACAAAAGGGAAAUUAGGUGAAUGUGGAAUAGUAAAUUUCGACCAUAAACGCUCGCUGGUUAUCGUGCUAUAAGUAAUUAAGAGCUCUAAGGUACCUAGAGUCCCAGUAGAAGUUCGGAACAAAUUGAGGAUCAGUAAAUUUGCUAUCGAAAAGUUGGCGGAAAUUCAGCGUCGGCUAACGGUUUAGUUUUAAAUUUGUUAGCAGGCAAUUUUUCUACGCUUGUUUCAGUUGAGGUGUUAAAGUCAAUUUUAGACUAGCUUUUUAUUAAACUAUGAUGAGUGCAACUGCACGUUGCUUAAGGAUGAAAAUGUAGAAAUAAAACCAAACUCGUUCCCUUUCCAAUCACUUGUGGGACUCCUAGUUACGGGCUCAUCUAGUUCUAAAUCAAAGUUUUUUUUCCACGGGCUUAGAACCGUAUUCUGCUUUAUACCCCUUAAAGGACAUUUGGUAACUUACCCCUAUUCCUCCCUCCAUAUAUUUGAUUUCUUCCCUUAACCCCUCCCCCCAUAUGCAUAAUCUCUCUCACCUCUUACACUUCCUUCCUUCUCCAGAACAGUUAGAGAGCAUGAAAAUUAUAUGCAAUUUUCUACUCAUAUGCCGCAAAGAGUGGAAAGCAUGCAUUCCAUAAGCCUUUUGAUAAAGGCUUAAUUUUACUUUUUUAUUUGUUUAACAGCACCAUGUUGAUGAUAACCUUACUUAUGGUGGCGUUCUUGGCUCAUGUCACGCAAGGUGUAACCAGGUACAAUACUGGCAGGGGCACCGUUUACAAGCUAUCAGUGGUACAAGAUGUCACGCUUGAACGUCCAAACAGAAACUUCAACUAUUUGCCGUUCCUUCUCGUUUCUCAGCAUCCUGGUUAUCCCAAUAAACGAUCGCUUGUAAAGUUUGAACAGCUACCGAGGUACUGCCCAGCUCACAAGAUAGUAUCUGCGAAGAUGUACCUGUACUAUGUCUACGCACAUAAAGCCAGCUGGCAUCCUAUUACCAGAACCCCUUUUAUUCCCCGUUAUAUGCAGGUUCAUUUGGUGAAAAAAUCCUGGAACGAGUAUCAAGCUACCAGCUCCAAGCGUUCAUCAUAUGCCUAUUGGUCGAAGCGAUACCUUGGUUUGGAUAACACUGACGCAGAGGCUGUUCCUCAGGAUCGAUCACCAGUUGUUAUCUUUCCAUAUCGCCCUCGAGGCUUCGUGGAGUUCGACAUCACACGAGCAGUCAGAAGUUGGCAGAGAGGAGUACCUAACCACGGCCUUGUGAUCCGUGCAAUUAAUGAGUUUCAGAGGGGAAGAGGCAUUCGGUUUGCAAGCAACGCGGAUCGCGAUCGUUCAAGACAUGCGUAUGUGCUUGUUCUAUGCAGACAGUAAAGAAAACUUGUCGUUCUUACCCUCCCUGUUAUCAAGAUAAUAGUUUAAUCGUGUCGUAUCACAGAUAGGGGGUUGCUUGUAUCUGCACUCUGUGGAUGACAAUAAAAUAUCAC